ACUAUAAUACCUCUAUUCUGGUUUCAUAUUCUCUAUAAAGCCUCUAUUCUCAUUUCUCUCUCUCUCUCCAAGAUUUUAUGCCACUCCAACUGAGGAAAGCAAUAGCUUCCUGUUAAUUCAAUGGUUGACAAAUCGAAGAAGGGGAAGAAGGGCACCUUCGGUGAAGAUGAUAUGUCUUCCGUCUUGGCGAGAUACUCCAUGAAUACGGUGCUCGGGUUGCUGCAAGAGGUGGAGCAAGCCGGCGGAGCGAAGAUUGAUUGGCACGAGGCGGUGAAGAAGUCCUCCACCGGAAUUUCAUGCGCGCGGGAGUACCAGAUGCUGUGGCGCCACCUCGCUUACGGCGAAGCCCUAACUGAUCAACUCGACGACGAUGCUGAGCCUAUUGAUUAUGACAGUGAUUUAGAGUAUGAGGUGGAACCUUCCCCUGCUGUAGGACGUGAAGCUUCAGUUGAAGCUGCAGCAUGUGUUAAAGUUUUAAUUGCUUCUGGUUAUCCAAAUAAUUCCCAGCUCCCAAACAACUCAACUAUUGAGGCUCCAUUGACUAUUAAUAUACCUAACACCAAGGCAGCGUGUGCUUCUUCAGAUGGCUCACAUCUUUCGGAUAUGAUGAGGGGGAUGAAUGUUAGCAUCCCUGUUUCUGUACAAAAGCAACCACUGUCUUCAGGAGUAAUUGGUGAAAAAAGGCCUAUUGCGUUAGCACAAAUGAACUUGCCUUCUCGAAGAAGACGGAGGAGUUGGUCUACGGAAGAGGACGCGAAACUCACUGCUUCUGUACUAAAACAUGGGGAACGAAGUUGGGCAAAUAUUGCCCUAUUGGAUUUUAAGAAUGACAGAAGAGCAAAUGAGCUAUCUCAGAGGUGGUCCAAUCUCAGGAAAAAACAGGGCAACACAAAAGGUGGUACCAGCACACAACCUUCUGAAACUCAACUUGCAGCUGCACAUCGAGCCAUGAAUCUAGCUCUAAAUAUGCCUAUGAGCGACAGCUUAAAGUCUGCUGCCCACAUGGCUGCUGCUGGGAUAAAAACUCAGCAUCAACAUCAAAAACCCUCUGCAUCAUCAGCAGAUCAACCAUUUCAAAGAGUAGGGCCUUCAAAACCCCAGAUGCUGGCAAAUCGGCCAUCUAUUAUGAACCCAAUAUCAGACAGAGAUUCGAUGGUCAAAGCUGCUGCAGUUGCUGCGGGGGCUCGCAUAGCUACUCCUGCAGAUGCUUCUUCACUAAUUGAAGCUGCACGAUCUCAGAAUGUUGUGCAUAUCACAACCGGAGGCAGUUCUGUGAUGAAACCAUCCCCUUCAAGCAUUGCCCAUCAACUGCCGAGUAAUGUGCAUUUCAUUCGUAAUGGUCUAGCAAAAGCAUCGAUUUCCAGUUACUCUCCUCCUAAACCAAACAUACCAGAAACUGGAGAAGCUAAGCCAACACAAAGUCGCUCUACAAAACCUGUAGCAUCAGCAGCUCUUAAUCCCAUCAUUGGAGCUGUCCCAAUGUCGAAUGCAACACCUUCAAAGGAAAGUGCUGCAGCACCUGCACCACCCACUCCAUCUGCUAAACUUUCUGGAACUGCGAAUGACGCAGUUGUAUCGAUGUCAGUUGAUGAGAAAAAAGAUCUUGGUAAAAGCAAUCAAGGUGCUGAUGAUGCUCCAGUAGAGCCAGAACCUGAAAAUCAAUCAGCUGCAUCAGGCAAUCAGUCACAAGAAGUUGGAAAUAAUCAACCUUCUUCUUCUUCUGGUAAUGCACCGAAAGAAAAUGCAGGGGGAGAUAAAGCUUCUGUUUCCGAGUCUAAACCAGUCGGUCGAGCAUCAGAUAAUGGAAUAGCUUUACCUUCCAUAGAAGUAGAAGAUGCAGGUAAAACAAACUUUGAUGGCCAAUUGACAAGCAAUGCAACUGCUGCGAAUACGAGUGUAAAUGAGAAGAGUGAAGAUUUACCCAGCACAGGCACGAACAGCCCUGCAAUCUGAAGCACGCAGCUGGAGAUGAUGGUUAGGAGCGAACAUGCUGUGCAUGAAGUCAAAGUGAUUACUAACUUCGUUGAGCCUUAAUUUCCCGUUUGUACAUUGUUGUCGAGGAAGCUCGUUGCAGUCAUCCGAACAGGUUUCAAAGCAUUUUCGAGAAGGAAAAUGGGACAGAGAUUGUUGAUCGAAUGACGCAACAGGAACUAGGUACUGCACUGCUAACUUGCAAUGAAGAGUCUUGAAGUCUGUUUAUAGGGCAAGUGUUUACCUUUCUUACCUUAAUUUCUCCAUGGAAGGAAACAUGUAACAAAAGUAAAUUUUUGCUCUGUCUAUGCUGGAUUUUUGGGGACCUUUUAUUUGAUAUUUGUUUCUUGAUUA